AUGGACGACUCGGGCCCCGUCGCCUCGAGCUCGACAUACCAUCUUCUCGACCCCGUCCAACUUCUCUCUGGCCCAGUCCGCGCCCUCACGACUGAGGUCGUCCUCGCCUCACUCGAUGCUCUUCCCUCAGUUGUGCGGCUCAUCACAGCCGCCAACCUAAUCCUCAGCGGGAGAUUGUACGACCAGGUCCUGCUGCGGUGUGUAAUCGACUCGGGGCUGGCAGCGGGAGAAGAAGAGACCGUUCUCUUCGAGGGCGACGUGCGUGCCCGUCUCGAGGGCAUCCCCAAGUCCUCAGGUGGUUGGGAAGGAUGGGGCAUGGAAGAUGUGUACGAGGCCGCCGCGGCCGCGGUGGACAGUGCGCGCCGGGACGCCGUGCGUGCCCUCGCCAUCCUCACACAGGCUCGCCGGCGACUGGAUACAUACGAUACCUCCUAUCCCCCACGCGCGGCGUCCAAGACCAUUUCAACCGCGACGAAAACGCCCAAAGUCGAAGAUAUCGAGCUCGACGAUCCCUGGGGAGAUUCCGACGAGGAAGAUGUGCCGCCCAUGCUCGACGACCCCUGGGCCGAUAAGGACGAGUCUUACCCUCCCACACCGCCUCCACCUGUCGCUCCCCUCCCGGAGACCGAGCCGCCAAUAGACCCCAGCACAUUCAUCCUCCAGCCCAUCACGUUGUCCGCUCUCAACCUGGCGACGCUCGCCGACGUGCGGCCCCUCCGCAUUGUGUGUCAGCGCCACGGCUCCGACCUGUACCCGUACCGUCUGGCGAUUGUCGAGGCGAUCCCUGGUUGGGUGAGCCCAGCUGAGGACGACGUACAGACCCUCCUCCCCGGUGUGUGGGAGGACAGUGAGCACGAGCGUUGGCCGACUGGCAGGCUCGAUCCCGAGACCAGCCUCCUCGACGCUCUUGCCACAAAGUAUGGACUGUAUGCGCUCAACCCCCCGCCUGCGACACUACUCCCUCCCGCCCAUCCCGAGCCGUUAUCCAGCGACAGCCUGAGCGCGUGGUAUGCCUCUCGCGUUGGUCGCCUUGACACGCUCGGCCUCCUUGACGCCCAGCUCGCGUGGGUGCAACACGGUGCUGCGCUCGGCGUGCCCGGCCUCGACAUUAUUGGCGAGGAUCUCAGCCUGCUCAGCAGGUUGAUCUACGACGGAAAUCUCACCCCGACCGAGCUGGCCCAUUGGAACCUCUCCACCUGGAGAGCGGCGGAGCCUGAAGCGAUAGUGCGUGCGUACCUCCACAAUUCAACCCCAACCACCGUUGUCGGUGACAUCCGCCGCCUCGUCUUGCCCUAUCUCUACGUACUCGAGAGCCGUGCGGAGCGGGCGGGCGAGGCCGACAAAGGACUCGUUGAGCGUAUGCUCAACGGUGCGAUUUUGGAUCUAUCCCUACACCUAGCACUGUCGUGUUUUGAGGCGAGCAAGGCGACACUUGCCGCAGCGCAGCGCCUGAUCAAGGACGACCAGACGGUUGCGCGCCUGGCCCUUGCCGUGCUCUACGGGAGUGGGGAGAGCGCCUGGCCGACCAUGUCGGCAAUCUUUGAGUGCCUCCCAGUAUGGGACGUGAGUGGAGACGAUCCAGACUCGGACCGUGAAGCGAUGGAGACGACGCUCGAGAGCCUCGCGGCCUUCAUCCGACCAACCGUGCAGGGGGAGACGCACGACGCGCGCACCCUCUUCUGGUUCUUCAAACCGCUCCCCUUCUCGUCUCUCUCACGCGCGCUCGACAUUCUGGACGUACACCUCGAGAGUGGGGAGAUUUUGGCGCGCUACGACGUCCGCGUGCUCAUGCGUACGCUGCUCCAGUCCGCCCGUGAGAGGACGGAACAGGUCACGCUCGCGGAGAAAGUAGUGCGCAGGGGCCAGGGGAUGGACGAACGCCAUUGGAUCGGGAUGUGGGAGGACAUGGGCCGGCUGCGCGGCGGCGAGGACACGCUGCUCCGCGGCGCGUUUGGCAUGCUCUCGAGCGAGGAGCUCAUGCGUAUUUUCCUGCACGGGCUGCUGAGCGCUGGUAACUUUGUCGUUGCGAAGAAGGUCAUUCGCCGCCUUGAACCCGAGGGAUUCUUCUCUCCCGCCGACCUCGAGGACGUUGUGCUCAUGACGUCCAAGGAGUUCUACAUGCGUGCCGAGACGGGUAACAUUCACACGGGUGAUAUGAAGCUGGCCUACGAGUGCCUUUCAAUCGCCCCAUCAUCACCAGCCAUCCGCGCUGAACAGAAUUUCGUACAGGCCACCUCACGCGUCGCAUCCUUCAAAGCUCUGUCUACCCUCACUCCGGCUGAGAUCCGAUACACGCCAAACAAGCUCGACCUCGUCCGCCGCGUCCUCCGCACCGACGACGCGUAUAGACAUGCGGGCAUAGUCAUGGAACUAACAGAGAAGCUGGGGUACACGGAGCCCGCGCCGCGCGCAGAGGUUCUCAGCAUGCUGGUCGAUGCGGCUGUGGCGCAGAACGAUUGGGAAAUUGCCCGAGAACACGUGGACGCACUGGUAGGCAUGGCCCAGCCUGAUCUUGGCGACGACCCAUCUCCAGCUUCAGCCAACACGACAGAAACGCCCUCCAACCCACCAGAUGAGGGGGAAGGGGACGGUUGGGGAUGGGACCAACACGAGUCCACCGCAGCAACGCCGGCACCUCCACCCACCAAGACAGCCGACAAGGCCAAGUCAGAUGCCGCCGUUCGCGAUGUCACCUAUCGUGCCUGCCUCGCUCUCGGCUCCUCAGCUUAUCCCGACCUCGGCGCGCGCCUCGCCCUCAUCGCACAGGCUAUCGCACUCGCUCCCGCCGACGCAGUCGGCACCAUGCUACCUUUGUAUCACGGCCUCGAAGCCAAGAUCGCCGCUGACCCGUCCCUCCUCAAACCCUCUUCGCGACCUACGUCCCCCGCCCUACCCUCCCUCCCCGCUUUUGGCACGCCCACCGAGACAAUGCUGGGGAGCAGGAGAGCCGCGCAGGCCGCACGUAUGGCAUACGGCCUUGGCGCCAGCCUCAAUCUCCCCAGUUUGCGGGGUAUGUCUGUCAGCCCAGCCCUCGGGAGCGCUAAGAGCACCAAGAGCAUUGUGUCGCCCAUCGAGAGGAGUGUUAGCCGUAACAGCCGAGGAAGCAUGGACCGACCCAGGAGCAGCUUUGAGAGUGGGCGAUCGCAGGACCGCGAUGCCUCUGCACUCUUCGAUAGCGUCCAGGACGAGCCUAGUGUGCGGGCUGGCGCGCGACGCGCCCUCGUCAAGGGCGUCGGAUGGCUGCUGGGAGCUGAGGAGGGGGAGCAGAUCCUGUAG